CUUCUUCAGUCAGCUUCUUCUGAACGAAGAACGUUUGCAUCUGCACCGACGGCUACCGCUUUCUGGAUCUAUACCAAACUGCAUUUCUUUCAGAGGCCCCGAGAGGCCUGCAAGGGCCGCGCGUUCGCAGCGUGAAAAGCCACCGUGUCUUUGCAGUUUUACCGCAUGUAUGGCCUGUCUUUCACAGAAGAAGCAGAAGAAAUGCACAUCAGACGACCUUUUGCUCGAUAUACUUCACACUUUCAAAGACUCUUCUAUCCCGGAGCAAUGGUUCCCUGACAGCGGCUAUACCAAGGUCGGGUCAAGUUCCUAGGGGUCGUUGCCACCCCUCAUGGGGCAGCUCCCUCUCGUGCGAGCUGGGUAAUUUUUUCUAGUAAACUUGGCGGAAAAGUGUAGAUUGUGUGUUCCCUAAAAAGCCCAUGAAGUCCGGAGCUUCCAAUCGAUUUAUUUUCUCGCCUCACCGCAAAGUCUCCGCCUUUACUCUCCAUGCGUUACGGCGAGCCUCCCGGUCCCGGACGCAGAGGGUCCACCAAUGCCCUCGUUCUCGAGGCUCUCCGUUUGUGAUUCAGCCACAUUAAAAGCUCCGUUCUUUGCUUCAUAUCUCCUCGUUAGUAAACCCCCUCCCCAUGCCCCGGCGUUCUUGCGUCCCCCCCCUCAGCUCAACACCGAAUCGCUCGCGUUCUCUUUGCUGGAAAGAGUUCCUUCGGGGCUGCACAGGCCGAACAAAUACCAGGAAAUCCAUUUUGCUUUUCGCAUACUGCAGGUGUAGAGGAAGUGCUCGCCUCUUGACGGUGACAAUUGCCUGUUGCACUUUCUCCGUCUAGACACUCUGCUAGAAACAGUCGCGCUUCUCUUAGCCUCGUGCAACGAGGAUGAAGGUUUCGGUUUUCCUCCGUGCAGCAGAGAGGCAGCGGAGACAAAUGAAGGCGCCUAUGGCGAGCGCGGCAUAAUUUGCCUGUAUGCCUUGGCACUUUCGAGGUUCCACUGUGGGCUUCAGCAGUGAGGAGUUUCGCGGCUUAGCUAUGAACUUUAUCGACCGCGGAAGUCUUCAGAAGCCGUACUUUUCCUCAACUUCUCUCUAGAAGCAACCCUCUCUCGGCGGACUCAAAGAGCUGAGGAAGGAACUGGGGUAGACCAAACAGAUAAACACACUCGAAAAAUGGAGGACGAUGGUGAGCUUUCCGCUCUCUGGCCUGCGGGGGUCUGCGUCGUUUUCAUAGGAUCCUGGGCUGGUGCACUCGGAGAUACAAUGGUGAGACGGGCGUAUAUGGAGGCAGGCGACGAUGUUUCCUCAUCAGUGAUGCUGAAACGACCCUUGUUCGUCUUCGGCAUGUUGCUGACAAUCGUCCUCGAUCCAAUCUGCACCUUCGUUGCUCUUCUCUUUGCCCCCUCGUCAAUUGUCACACCCUUUGCAGGGGUACACAUUUUCUGGGCGGUACUAAUUGCUCACUUUUGGCUGAAAGAAUACAUGGGCUAUUGGGAAAAAUGCGGCUCUGUCGGCAUCGUCACUGGAGUCAUGCUGAUGGUGGUCUUCUCCGGCAAGCGCGCCAAAAUUGACAGCAUCGACUCCUUCGACUCCUACGUACGCUCUGCUGGAGCAGUCGCCUACCUCGUGUACUCUUCAAUUCUCCUCAUCAUCAUCCUCGUUCUCGCCUUCAAGUGGUAUCCGUGCUCCCUAGGAAGAUCCGAGUUUGCCGUUGGGAGACUAGCCACUUCAGUCGCUUCUGGGUUCCUCGGCGGCAACGCCAACAUCGCCAUCAAGUUUUUUACAAUCAUUGUCAUGGACCUCUGCACGGGCAACACUGCUAUCUUUUCCAACUGGCGGACGUACGUCGUCGCCCUUGGCGCCAGCACUGUCGGCUUGGGUCAGCUGUUCUUUCUCAACGUCGCGCUUCGCAGAUACGAAGCAGUCUACGUCGUCCCCACCAUCAACAGCUCUCUGGUCACUCAGGGGACGAUUGGAGCAAUUCUGCUUCUUCACGAGACUCCAGGAAACUGGAUAGCUUUUGGCUGCGGCCUCGUCAUGUGCGUCGGCGGCAUCGUCGUCCUCACCGCUAUGCACACCGUCCAGGCCUCGAGGGUUGAGCAAAAAACAUCCGGAAGGCAAACUGCGCAACUCGACAGCGGCGUUGAAGGCUGGGGUACCGCGAAGUCGGGUGUGAGCAGCGCGGCCCGCUCACUCAAGAGCUUCAGGACUCUCAAGCGCUCCUUGACCCGGUCCGCGACGGCUGUGGCAGAAAUGUCUGUGAUUUUGAAUUCUCAAGCAAUCUACAGCAUGUACACGUUGCAGGAGAAACACCCUCUCGAAGACUUCGCGGAGGACGAGUGCGACGUCGACUCUCCCUCGUUGCCACGGCGGCGCGUCUUCCCAGCAGCGCAUCGAUCGACUGGGCGCACCUCGUCCGCCAGCAGUCGGAAGUCGUCGCCAGCGCGGCGCUCGACUCGCGGCCUUUCCUCCGCGGAGAGGCCAAAGUCCUUCCAUGUGCGCAUCCCGGGCCUCGCCUGCGUGGAGACGCCACCGGGACAGGAGCCUUGAACCCGAUUUCGCGAAGGAACGAGAGAGCGAUGGAGAGAGAAGGAAAUCCCGGAGCCAAAGAAGAACAGAGAGGUGGAGGGCGAGAAGAAGAACCAGAAAAGGGAGAUGGAGAAGGAGAACAAGAGCGAGAAGUGAUAGAAGAGAGAUGGACAGGUGUAAGAAGAGCGAAAUGGAGAGCGAGAAGCGAAGGAAGAACAGAGAGACGAAGAGAGAGAACAAGGAAGAGAGGCUUCUGAGUGGCAACUAGCGUAUGCAUAUAUAUGUAUAUAUAUAUAUAUGUGUAGGUACAUGUAUGU